AUGGUUGAAUACGGUGUGAACGUCACGAAUAAAUUUGGAUUUUUGUCUGACGAUGAGGUGGAUGAUCCGGAAGUGAUAUUCAGGAAGGCUGAAGCUUUGAGUAAAAAAGAGGAGAAAACCGCAAGUCAGAAAAAGGCUGAUAAGAAUGCUGCAGCAAAAAAGAAGAAGGAAAUCACUUCAGGAGCGAUGAUAACAGCUGUGGCAAAAGAAAUUGAAGUUAAGAAACAGCCGCAACUAUCAGUUGCUGGAAUGAAGAAAAAUGACUUCAACAAAGAGAACAAGGAAAAUCGUCCAGAUGGAGAGCGUGGCCGUGGAAGAGGAAGAGGUCGUGGUGGUAUGAGUCGUGGCCGUGGCUUUGUACAACAGUUUGACAAUACGCGCCCAACAUUUGAUCAGAUUUUAUUUUUAUAUUUUUAUACUAUAUGGUUUAAUCAUAACAGUUUUCAGAAUGGUGAGCGUGAUGUGAUGGCGGAGAGGUUCGGUGAAGGAAGGGGACGAGGACGUGGUCGUGGAAAUAGAGGACGACCAACAUUCCGAGGUGGACGAGGUGGAGCGCGAAAUUUUGAUGGAGAUCAAGACCAUAAUAUGAUUGACUUACAACCGGAGUUGAAUGGCAAUGGAAAUAUUGAUCAAUUUGGUUGCGAACGUCAAAAUUUCACGGAUUUUGGAAUGUAUCGUGGCUCAUAUCGAGGUGGACGAGGCGGAUUCCGUGGAAGCGAUCGUGAUGGUGAACGUGAACGGGCUGUAUUUCGUGGUGGACGUGGAGGACGCGGUGGGCGUCAGUUUGAACGAAUGAGUGGAUCGGAUCGAACUGGCAUUAAAGCAUUGGAUAGAAAAGAUGGUUUUGGGAAAGGCAAUUGGGGAACUGAUCAGGAUGAAAUGAAUGGACAAAACGAACAAAUGAAUGAUGGUACGGAAGUUGUUAUGAAGGAUGAAGAUUCUGCACCACGUGAAAAAACUCAGGAAGAACUACGUUUGGAGGCUGAAGCUGAAGCACGUGCUAAACAGCUUACUCUGGAUGAGUUCAAGGCACAAAUUGCCUCCAAGCGUUCGGAGCCUCAUUUCAAUAUACGUCAAGCUGGUGAGGGUACCAAUGAUAAGGAUUUUGGAAAACUUGUUCCUCUUAACAAACCGAUUAUGGAAGAAAAUUCUGAGGAAGAAAUCGUCGUCGUGCGUCGUGAACCUCGUACUAAGCGACUGGAUAUCGAGAUCAAUUUUACGGAUGAGCAACGUGGUGGACGUGGUGGUCGUAUAAGAGAUGGUUUUAGAGGUGGACGCGGUUCUCGUGCUGGACGAGAAAGUCGUAAUCCAAAGCAAGUGCAAACAUUUGAAGUAUCUGCUGAUGCUUUUCCUGCACUUGGAAGUCAGUAA